AUGCUGGAGACAGUGGAGAGCCACAAUGCGAACACACUUUCACUUAUAGCAGGAUACAAAGCUAUACAUCACAUGUUAAUGAGCGUCCAGUGCAGCUGUUACGGAACUUAUAAUACGUUGACUAUAGCUCUGUCUCUGUUAAGCACGUACCUUGUUUCUACUGUCAGUGUCUGUUUAGGUCACACUCCACGUGUUCCUCUGCAGCAGCCUCACCCGGAAGUAGCGCACAGACACAGCUUACGCUCCCGUGGCCUUCUGGGUAGUCUACUGUAUUGUUUACAGGUUGCUAUAGUGAUGCGCGAAGCGAACAUGGCUGCGGAGCGUGUAAGAGAAUCCGGACCUCUAACCCUGUGGGAUCAGAUCUGCCAAGAUUAUGAGCUGGAGCAGCCUACGGUGCCCACAGGAUUUAAUCCAACAGGAAAGCUGAUCAUGUCUGUCAGCGAUAUACAGCAUUUAUGUGUAGAGGAUUCCGGUACAUGUGUCAAAGAUCAUAAAAUACAGAUGGAUCAUAAGACAUGUUCUCCACAGAAAUACUUGGAAAGGUACAUAUUUCCUGUCUUACUGCCAGGAAUGGCUGAAAUGUUGAUUGAAGCAGAGAAGGAAAAGUGUUUUCAGAGGAGAAGAACAAAAUUCAUUGCCUGUGAUUUCCUCACCCAGUGGCUGUUUAAUAAAAAUCCAAGAAGAAAAGACCAAAACUGUACAAGUUUCUUUGAGAUUCCGUUUGUUCAUGAAUGGCUGAAAGAUCAUCCAAGACCACCGAUUCCACUGUCCCUACUUCUUUCCGAGGAAGAGGCCGCACUAAUUAUACAGUCGUUUUGGAGAGGUUAUCGGGUACGUUGUGAUCCUGAAGUCCAAGAAUUACGCCUGUGGCAAAAAGAACUAAGGGAGAUGAAAGAUAUUAAUAAAAAAGUCCAGGAUUUUUGGGCUAAACAAGAAUCUAAAGUGGAGAGAGAAGCUAAAGAUGUGGAAGAAAGAGUAUCUACACAAAAUCACGCUGGCAUUUCCAUCAGUGUUCUCUCACCCACACCACAGAAUACAGUCAUCCAAACAUAGACACUACAUCAUGGCAUGCUGAGGAUUUGCUUAAUUAUACCUUCUACAAUAAAGUGGGGCAUAUAUAUAUAUGUGUCAUUUGGCUAAUGAAAUACUGACUUAGGAGCUUAGGAGAAAUAGGAGCAACUUUAAAGUAAAAUAUGACAUCUAUUCAUGCAUUCAGUCCAGAUUCUAGUUGCUAGUGUCUGUGCCCCUAGCAACCAGAUAGAAAUCAAAAUUCUAAGUUGAUACUCUUUCAGUUUAGUCCAAAUUACUGAGUCUAUUAAAGUAUACAGAUUUAGUGAUUUGGACUUAAUAUUCUUACUUGAAUGUCUACAGCUCUGCUGAAGCAAACCAUACAUAGGAAGAUUUAGUCAGGCUGUUUGUAUCAUUGUGGGGAUAUAUUUCAGGUUUUUAAAGGAAAAUUAAUUGAAGAUAAAAGCUACUUUGAUUUUCCUUUCAAAGUCUGCCGUGUAACAGAUAUUCAUAGUCGUGAGCGUAUGUACAGGUACAAACUGUUCCGCGUGCCUCUUCCCAUUAGUGCAGUUUGUCUCUUUGUGCUGACAUUUUGUUUUUGUCUUUCUUACAUUAAAAUCCCUCUGAAAUGCA